CAACUUUUUGAACGGCUAGCGCUUUUUUGCCAAGGAACUUGGGGGGAUUUUAAACAUUUCAUCGACGGGAUUUUUGGCUUGUUUUGGUGAGCGAAUUUCCAAUUCUUCUUGGCGGUGACAAGUGUCUCCACUGAGCAUGACAAAGACGACGCGAAAGACCGAGACAGCCAGCCGCCUCAUGACGCUCCUUGCCCGACCUCAAGCUCCUGCGUUGGCCGCGGGAGCCCUCAUAUUCCUCAUCCUCUUUCGACGCUCGAGCCGGUUCCGCUUCUUUGCAAGAAUGUUUGGGUUCAUCUUUACCAUGGCCAUCUCUUGCAUCGUUGGGAUCACAGUCGCUCCUGUUAUGUGGCUUUUGGGAAAACCUGGGCUGACAAACUAUGUUGUUGCACGGACGUUUGCGCUCAUUGGCCCACACUUUUGUGGGCUGAAAUUCAAGGUGGAGGGAAAAGAACAUCUCAAGAACACUCCCAUGCCGGCUGUCUUUGUCUGUAAUCAUCAGAGCUCGCUGGAUCUAUUGGCAAUGGGCGCCAUUUUGCCAAAGAAUGUCGUCGUGAUGGGCAAAAAGUCAAUAAAAUACGUCCCGCUACUCGGCUGGUUCAUGGCUCUCGGUAACAAUGUGUUUAUUGACCGCAAGAAUCGCGGACACGCAUUGGAGACAAUGGCAAAGGUGGCAGUCUAUCUCAAGGAACACAAGUAUGGGCUGUGGCUCUUCCCGGAAGGCACGCGGUCCCACCAAACAGACGACUCGCUACUUCCGUUCAAAAAGGGAGCAUUCCAUUUGGCCGUUCAGGGACAGAUUCCUGUCAUUCCCAUUGUGUUUUCCACCUAUUACCCUUGUUACCAUCAGAAGAACCAGAUUUUUGAACCUGGAGUGGUUACCAUAAAAGUUCUGCCACCGAUUCCAACCACAGGCCUUGAAACCGCCAAUGUCGACGACUUGCUUGCAAAAACCCGAGAUACCAUGGCUGAGGCUCUCAAAGGCAUCAAGACUAAACCAACUGGUUCCGUCUUACCACCAAUAUCAGCGGACUCUGCCAAAAAACUAGAAUAGAAUCGGCACAUUUCUUUUCAAGAUGUUUAUACCAUGGUGGUCACGACUGGAAUACCUCAUCAUACUCCCUAUGUAAACGUUCGCGAGAUAAUCAAGUUGUGGAAAGGGUGCUUGUUUCGUACGGCGUGGGUUCUUUCCUACGCAAAUUUUAUUGCCUAACAAAUAGAUGCUAUUUUAUCUUAGUUCCCUUGCUUGCUAUAUCUACACAUGGUUCUAUAUAAUAUAUGGCUUUAACAGA